AUGCGCGCUCGCUUCGUGGAAUUUGUAUUCAGCGUGCGACAGGAAGGAGAUGACGCUGCAGAGGUAGUUGCACGGUAUCCCGAGGCAGAUCAUGAUGACUGCGCGUUUCCAGCAGGCCUGCAAACCUUCGGCUUUCCGGACUUUGACGAGGAGGAGGAGGUAGUGGCAGAGCCGACGACUCCAUCAGCGUCUGCAAGCUCAACUCACUCCCGCGAUGAGGAGGAGCAACUCACCUUCUUCCCAACGUCUCUCACCAACGAGGAGGGGCGCAGGAUCUUUUCCCUCUGCCUGGUCCACACCGUGAUUCAGAACGGCCAGCGAUCUGCACACGGCAUUGGUAUUGUAUCCCGCCGACCCCUCUUCGCUGAGCACAGGGCGUUGUUACGUGAGAUCUGGCUGCUGUAUCGGCAGCAGGAGCUGCGAAGACUGCAACAGCUCGUCUUUGCCGCCACCUCUUUAAGGGCUGUGCCAUCCACGAAGACGGCGAAAGCCCUGCGCUUGGAGAUGCAAUCGUGCACACUUCACAUCCCCGCCGUGCCCCAACUCUCCCUCCAGCCGCCAUUUGGCAUGGUACCGCUGCUGUUCAAAUGCCUCUCGCCGCACCAAGUCAUCUCCCUCGUCUUUCCGCUGCUGUGUGAGCGGAAAGUGCUGCUGGUCAGCAGUUCCCCGAAUCUCUUGCACGCGUGUGCAGAGGCCCUCAUCCAGCUCAUCUUCCCCUUUGAAUACACGCUCGUCUACAUUCCCAUCUUGCCAACGUCUCUGCUUGAGUUCUGCGCGGCGCCAACACCGUAUCUGAUUGGCAUCGAUCGCUCCUCGUAUCCGCUCGUCUCCCAACUCGACGACGUCAUCAUCUGCGACCUUGAUCGGGGUGCUGUGACGGCGUCGGACGGGUCGCCGUUUGUGGCGGCGCAGCUCCCGGACACAUCCGCGCUUCUCGCCGCCAUCAAGCACGCCAUCCACCCAGACCUCGCUGCCGUCGACGCAGUCAUGCCGCGGCAGCGAAAGAAAUCUGAGAGCGACGCGUCGCCGCCGCUGCUUGCGCUCUAUCCACAAUUGCGACAGGAAAUCGACAUCCGCCUUGCCUUCCUCUCGUUCUUUGUUGAGCUGCUGCAGGACUACCGCCAGUACUUUGUGUCCGUUCGCGUCAAUCCGGACCACGUCUCCCAUCUGGACACCGGUGCCCUCUUCCACGCCCACUCGCUGGGCCGCCAGAACAGCAGCGGCGAAGAUGCGAACACGGCAUUCCUCCGGCUGUUUGUGAAGACGAUGGCGUUCAACCAGCUCGUCAAGGCGCAGACAUCGCGUGCGUACCGGCCGACGCUGUUUGAUCGGGCGGUGGACAUGCGGACGUCGGAUCCAAACGCCGCCAUCACGACAUCGCAGAUUGUGCGCGAGCUCUCGGCUGCUGCAACAGUCACCGUACAGCUGCCACAGGCACAAGAUGACAACACUAUCAGUGCCGGCGACACGCUAGCAUUGUGCGAUGUCCUUCAGCCAGCACGGAUUUCCGCGCUGUUCCCCACACGCGGUGAUGACAACGGCGAAGAUGCCGCUGGUCAUGGCGCCCAUCAAGAGGGCGAAGAAGGUGAAGACGAUGACCAACAGGAACAGCAGCAGCAAGAUGAUGAGGAUGAGGAGGACGCGCCCAUCACACGCCAUCGAUUGCCCAUGCGCCCCCAAUCUGUCAUGAAAGAACGCCCGCCAGAACUUCCGCGCGUGGUGCAGGCGUGCACGCGUGUGCUGAAGGGCCCGGAUGACGGGUUGGUGCAGUGGUACAUCAAGUCCUUCCGCACGUUUCUCCAGAGUGUUCAGCAGGAGCAGGUUGCCUUCCACGUUGCACAGGAGCUGGCGGCAGCAUUCAAAGCGUGGACCAUGCCCGUGUCUGCGCUCAAGUUUGACAUUGUUGUGAAGCUUGUCUCGGCUCUCCUCACACACGCGCCACCAGCAGCCACCGAUGCAGUGCCAAAGCGGCCAAUCGACCGAGUGGCGGUGGCGCUGCUGCCGCUCAUCAUGAACUGUUACACAUCCGCACUUGAUGUGUCCAAGCACGUGCACCACGAGGUGGCACUGCACGCUCUCUGGCAGGACAUGUCCUUCUGGCUGCAAGCGCACGGCCCUGAGGCGCAGGCGACGCUGGAUGCUGAGGAGGAAGGCCUCGUCUUCCAGCAGCUUGGCCUACUCAUGUGCUACAUGGUUCAACUCAACGUGCCUGAGCACGACGUGCAAGCGUUCAUUCGCAGGGCUGUUGUCAUGCUGCACCUUCCACGCAAACGAAUGGCAGCACUUCUCGCAACCCUCCCCAACCAGGUUGCACAAGCGACAACGUCCACGUCGCGCCUGAACGAGAGUCAGUUCCAGAUGCCAUCGCUCUUGCCGGACGCAGCUGGGUUUGAGGAGCCCCACACCAAGUCCCGCUCCCUGUCGCAGCUGGCACGCGACUCGCCCUCGCUCGGGUCUGUGCUCCUCCCCUCCGAGGUGGAGAUCAUGCGCCUGAGCGACGCCAUCUUGCUCACGCCGCACCGCUCCCACUGGCGCGCGGCGUCGGGGAUGGUGAUUGUGACAAACUACCGCAUCAUCUUUGAUGGCGCGCUGAUGGCGGCUGGGGGGAAAAAGAAUUGCCUGCAGGCAAAAGCGACGAGCGUGAAUCCCCUCAUGACAGCAUCUGGUGCACAGGUGAAGCAAGAAAGAGAGCGGGCGCGAACAGCGGCAACAGCCCCAGCAGCAACAACGGCACCAGCCGCACCAGUGGAUGUUGUGGAAGCACGACGGCGCGUCGCCCAGCGUGCACAGGACCAUGCACCCACACCCACCACUCCCUCACUUGCCACCGUCAACGCCAACAAGACAGCGCCGGUGGCGUCGUCCUCGUCCCUGUCGUCAUCAUCACUGUCCCUGCCUGCAAUGUCGAACAGUGGCGCUGGCAAGCAACCAAGCAGCGGCAACGACGACGGUGGUGUUGUGCUUCGGGAUGCGCGCUCGCGUGAGACCAUCUGGCAGCACCGCGCGUCUGUUGCAGCGGCCGCCCGCAAGUGCACGACGAGCGACCUGAACGAUGCCGGUCUCUCAGGCUCGCGGGAAUCCCAGCCCGUGUUUGGUGGUGUGCAGGGCAGUGAAACACGCAGUGGGCCACCAUCGCUGGCAGUGUCAACCGACACUAUGACAGAUGCGCUCGAGGCAUCGCUGAACUUGCACAAUGGUGGCGAUGGCGGCGACAGUCAUGCCGGUGUGGAAGUGGAUGUGUUCACCACCAGCACGGAGCUUGAGGUGUGCGCAGAAACGACCGUGCAGCGUGAUGGCGACAGCGCUGCUGCUGGGGAUGGAGGAGAAAAAGAAGAGGGAGAGGAGGAGGAGGAGGAGGCCGAUGAGAUGGACGAAGAGCUGAUGCGGCGACAGCUCGAGCCGUCCGUCCCGUUUGUCGAUGACGAUGUUGAGAGUCCGCUGCCAGACGACUCGUCGUCCACCUCCUUUGCGCUCCACCCUUUCACCAGCACCGUCUCCGACUCGGCUGAUCCGUGCGACACCGUGCGUGCAUCUGCGACCAUCACAUCCAUCCACCGCGUCAAGUGGUUUACCAUCGAUGCCGGCGCACACAAGGAGGCGAGCAAGUGGGAGCCACGCGGCAUUGUCAUCUCGACUCGCAACAUGGUGACGAUGCGUGUGUGCUUUCCCCUCAACCGCCGCGCCGCCAUGAACGACCUCAAGGCAAAGAUCCACCAGCUCUGCUCAGUGCAAAGCGUGCAGAACACGUUUGCAUACUUCACUGGACACAAACGAGAGCACUGGAGUCAGGACGACAACAAGAUCAAGGUCACCACUGCCGUCCGCCGCGCCCUCAACCGCAAGGCAACCACCCGCCUGUCAACAGCACCGCGCCGCGGGUCAAAAGACAACACGAGAAGUGGCAGCGGAAACAGGAGCUUGCUUGGCAUUGACACGCCCACUCCUUCCGUUCUUGAGUUCCUGCCUGAGGAUGCUGGUCUGCAGGACACCGUGUUCCUCUCGGAUGCGAGUGCGUCGUCGACAGUGCAAUCGCUCAAGCGCACAAUGGACCGCAUUGGUUUCGGCGCAAAGAGAAACAAGGGCGCAGCCGCACUCUGGAGAGCCUGCUUUGCCAACAGAAAGUACAAGAUUUCCGAAUCGUAUUCACCGCUGCUGUAUGUGCCGUCGGAGAUUGAGGACGAGGAACUGUCCCGCUGUUGUGUGCACUUUCACCACGAACGCAUCCCAGCACUCACCUGGAUCGACGAGGGCCGUGGCGGCGGUGUCAUGGUUUCGAGCCUGUGCAUGCGGCCCUCAGAGCCGUCCGUUCGCCGGCUGUGGACAGAAAUCGACAAGGCGGCAAACUUCAAGUCAAGGAAGCCAACGUCUCCCAAUGUGUUCAACGUGGUUGAUCGCCUUCCCCUGAGCUUCAAACGGUCCCCUCGCGUCGUCGUGUUCACACAUGGCACCGAUAUGUCGGCGACGCUGCCCAAAGGGUGGCGGCUGCUUGAUCCAACAGCAACAGACGAGUACGCGCUCACGUUCACGGGGGAGACACUGCACCAGAGCUUCACGCAGCUGCAGUCGCUGUGCAACGAGGUGGACGUCCUGUCGUUCCUCACGCGCAUUGAGUCAACCAACUGGCUCAACCACGUGGCGAGCCUGCUGCACUGGGCGUGCGUUGCUGCCGAAUUCAUCACCACGCACGACAGCCUCGUGCUGUUCUCCCUCGGAUCAGGACGCGAUGAAGCCCUGCAGCUCUCAAGCCUGACGUCCCUGCUUCUGGAUCCUUACUUCCGCACAAUGGAGGGAUUCAAGACGCUGAUCCAGAAAGACUGGCUGCUGCUCGGCCAUCCGUUCGCGUCGCGUGCCGGCAUUCGAGACGACAGCCACGACGCCCCGUUCUUCAUGCUGGGCGUGGAGGAUGAGAUGGAUGAAGAAACCGUGGGUGAUGACGGCCACCAUCACCGAAGCGCAUCUGUCUCCUCCUCCAGCAGCUACGCCGUGUUCAGGGGCUUUCGCCACCGCGCCGACCACCCAAACCUGAAAGGAUACAUGUACAAACUUGGUGGCAUCAUCAAGAACUGGCGCUACCGCUGGUUCUUCCUGGAUGUUCCGCGACUGGAGAUCCGCUACUACCGUCCGCCCGACAACCAAGAGCUCCUCGGCAAGAUUGACCUGCGAGAUGUGACAGCCGUCGAGUACACACAACGCUACAGCGGCAACAACGGCCUGUUUGUGAAGCUGGUGACGAAGAAGAGGACAUGGGUGCUGAAGCCACUGUCCAAGGAGAUGUGGGUGGAAUGGCUGAGCGUGCUCAUGGACGUGUGUCCAAACCUGGCCCAGCGCACAGCCCUGCCCACGACGCUGCUGCCCACCAUCAACGAAGCGCAUUCUUCCUCUGCUCCGCGCGAAGCGGAAGCCUGAUGUCCGUUACUCUCCCCAAAAUGCGUCAGAGUGCUGCGGGCGAAGCAUCUGCCCCUCGCUCGGCUGUGAUAAUAUAAGUUUCGCACACAAAUGUUGCGAAAGCACGCAGUAAACUGCUCAGUUGUC